CUGGUGAUUAGUCACGUGUCGUAUAAUGGCGAUGUGUGUUUUUUCCUCGGUGCAUUCUUGAAAUUGUGAUAUCUGAAAUACAGCAAUGGGACGAGGACACUUACUCUAGAGCAUUUAAAUAAGUUUAUCCGAACACUCACGCCAAGGCCCCUCGAGUUGGAGAGUGUUCCGAGUUUGGCCCUGUACACAACGCUCGCUGUCUCAAGGCAGGGGAAAUGACGAGUACAGCCAUGAAGAAAAAGGUGCUGCUGAUGGGGAAGAGUGGGUCGGGGAAGACCAGCAUGAGAUCAAUCAUAUUCGCUAACUACAUUGCCAGGGAUACGAGAAGACUUGGGGCCACUAUCGACGUCGAACACUCCCAUGUGCGUUUCCUGGGAAACCUGGUGUUGAACCUCUGGGACUGUGGCGGACAGGACACGUUCAUGGAGAACUACUUCACCAGCCAGAGGGACAACAUCUUCCGCAACGUGGAGGUGCUGAUCUACGUGUUUGACGUGGAGAGCCGCGAGCUGGAGAAGGACAUGCACUACUACCAGUCCUGCCUGGAGGCCAUCCUGCAGAACUCCCCCGACGCCAAGGUCUUCUGCCUGGUGCACAAGAUGGACCUGGUGCAGGAGGACCAGAGAGAUCUGAUCUUUAAAGAGCGUGAGGAGGACCUGAAGAGACUCUCCCGCCCCCUGGCCUGCACCUGCUUCAGAACUUCCAUUUGGGACGAGACCCUCUACAAGGCCUGGUCCAGCAUCGUCUACCAGCUCAUCCCCAACGUGCAGCAGCUGGAGUCCAAUCUGCGCAACUUCGCCCAGAUCAUCGAGGCCGACGAGGUCCUCCUGUUCGAGAGAGCCACAUUCCUGGUCAUCUCUCAUUACCAGUGCAAAGAGCAGCGUGAUGCUCAUCGCUUUGAGAAAAUCAGCAACAUCAUCAAACAGUUUAAGCUGAGCUGCAGUAAACUGGCAGCUUCCUUCCAGAGCAUGGAAGUCAGGAACUCCAACUUUGCCGCCUUCAUUGACGUCUUCACCUCCAAUACUUACGUCAUGGUCAUCAUGUCUGACCCUUCCAUACCCUCGGCGGCCACGCUCAUCAACAUCCGCAACGCCAGGAAGCACUUUGAGAAGCUGGAGAGGGGGGCCUGUGCAUCGUGCUAGUCUCAGCUGUGGGGGUAUGGCUGCUGUCCGCUGUUCUCCCAGCUCUGUGCUGCCAGCCCCUCUCUUCUCUCUCUCUGUCUCUGAGACUAUUCUUCAUCAUCGUCAUUGUCUUCAUCACUAUCCCACAGAGGAGAGGAGCCGCCUCAAACACUGCAAGCUUUUUUUAUUUUUUAAAAGAUUUCUUGUCUCCACCCUGCGUUUCUGUGCAUCCAACUGCAGAAGGGUGGGGGACAGGACAGAAGUUGAGGUAGAAGGGAAAGGGGCUUUAUGUUUUGGAAUUUUGAUUUUGUUUUUCUGUUUUUUAACUUUUUAUUUUUUAUGUGCCAUAAAGUAUGUGCAUCCCUACAAACAAAAUGAAACACAAGCUCACACAUAGUGAGCUACCAUCUCAGUUCUGUCAGUUCACUGAGGUGGUGAUGUUUUUUUCUUUCUUUCUUUCUAUCUUUUUUGUUUGUUUGACAUUUUGCUUUGUUUUUUUUAGCACUGUCUUCGUGUCCCAGUGUUUACAAAACUCACUACGGUAGUUUGCCAGGAGCACUGAGGAUAAAUCGACAAUAAUGUCAAAUGAAAUCCGUAUUAAAAAUGCUCUCUUAUGGAAAAGAAUAAAAUAAAAGAGAAAAACACGCCGUAUGGUCUUUUCUACAAGAGAUGAUUAUACCUCCCUAUUUAUUAUCCUUCAGUCAUGGCUUCAAUAAAAACUCAAAUCAACCACCAAACACAA